CCUAGCGGCACCUCCCUCUUCACUGCCAGGGCAGGUAGGAUGACAGAUUCAAUUAAAGCGCCCAAGCCAGGCAGGCAUCUCAGGUCUCCCAGGAGUUGUGGCUGGGGAUUCCUGGCACCCAGCCUUUCUGCCCCCACUGUCCACCAGAUACCAGCUGGGCACAGCCAUUUCACAAGCAGGUCUGUCUCCCACAUGCCCAGCUUGGGGGGCAUUACAGGGGCUGCUUAUGCCACCCAGCCCAGGGAUAGCCUGCGGCGAGAGGGCUACACGGUGCAGGUGAACGUGAACGAUUAUCUGGAUAUUUACUGCCCGCACUACAAUAGCUCAGGGGUGGGCCCCGGGGCGGGGCCGGGGCCCGGAGGCGGGGCGGAGCAGUACGUGCUGUAUAUGGUGAGCCGGGCCGGCUACCGCACCUGCAACGCCAGCCAAGGCUUCAAGCGCUGGGAAUGCAACCGACCGCACGCCCCCCACAGCCCCAUCAAGUUCUCGGAGAAGUUCCAGCGCUACAGCGCCUUCUCGCUGGGCUACGAGUUCCACGCCGGCCACGAGUACUACUACAUCUCCACGCCCACCCACAACCUGCACUGGAAGUGUCUGAGGAUGAAGGUGUUCGUCUGCUGCGCCUCCACAUCGCACUCCGGGGAGAAGCCGGUCCCCACUCUCCCCCAGUUCACCAUGGGCCCCAAUGUGAAGAUCAACGUGCUGGAAGACUUUGAGGGAGAGAACCGCCAGGUGCCCAAGCUGGAGAAGAGCAUCAGCGGGACCAGCCCCAAGCGGGAACACCUGCCCCUGGCGGUGGGCAUCGCCUUCUUCCUUAUGACACUCUUGGCCUCCUAGCUCUGCCCUCUCCCUUGGUGAGGAGAGAUGGGGCGGGGCUGGGACAGAGCAGGGAGCCUUUGGCCUCUCCAAGGGAAGCCUAGCCAGUGGGGCCUAGACCCCUCCUCUAAUGGUUGGACAUGGGGUCUGCACACAUACAUCUGUGCCCGCCCCUCUGUCCCCUCCCCACCACAUAGGGCAGUGGACCAGGCGCAGGAACAGCCACGGGUCCCAGGUGGCCUUGUGGCUCUGGUAAUGUUUGGUACCAAACUGGGGGGCCAUAAAGGGCAGUGUUCAGGACUCCCUACCCCGGGUACCUUUCUCUGACCCCUGGUGCCCUCCCCCAUUUGUCCCCCCAGAAAAACAAAUAUGCCCCAGAGAGAGUAAAUCGAAGCAUGGGAGACACCCCAUCACUCUCUUCUAGGGGCAGAACAUGGGGAGGGGACUAGAUGGGCAAGGGGGUGGCAUCGCCUGCUGCCCCCUUCCCCUGUUUACAGCAAUAAGCAUGUCCUCCUCCCCCCACUCCCACUCCCAGGAUUGUGGUUUGGAUUGAAUCCAAGUUUACAAGUAGACACCCCUGGGGGGGCGGGCAGUGGACAAGGGUGACAGGGGGUGGGCAUUGGGGUGCCAGGCAGGCAUGUACAGACUCUAUAUCUCUAUAUAUAAUGUACAGAUGGACAGAGUCCCUCUCCCUCCUUAAUCCCCUGACCUUCCUUGACUUCCCUUCCCAGCUUCAGACCCCUUCCCCACCAGGCUAGGCCCCCCCACUGGGGGACCCCCUGGCCCCUCUUUUGUCUUCUGUGAAGACAGGACCUAUGCAACGCACAGACACUUUUGGAGACCGUGAGACAACAACGUCCCUGCCCCUCCAGCCCUGAGCCAGGACCCAACUCCCAGGACCUUGCCCUGCUCACCCUCUGUGGUCCCCACCCAUCCUCCUGGGCCUUUUUCAAGUGCUUUGGCUGUGACUUUCAUACUCUGCUCUUAGUCUAAAAAAAUAAACUGGAGAUAAAAAUAA